CGUGUAUAUCGGUAUUUGUUGUCAGAUUGCCGGCUGCAGCAUAAUAGUGUCAAUAUUUUUUAAUUGUGCCGCAAUGACGCUCACAGAUGUCUUGGAACUCAAUAAAACAGAAUUGUUUACGAAAAUACGCACUGUCCUGCCGAUAGGGACGCAAACACAGAAUUUGUUGGACUGCAAGGAUGAUUUGUUGUACGCAUGGAACUCCGUGGAUUCGUGUCUGUUGGUCACAAAUUGGCGCGUCGCAUUGCUUCAGGCAGAACCAAAACGUGCGAAAAUAAGCUAUCAAACGCUAAUUCCAUCAAAUGCGGUUGGCCUGCAGGUGGACCGUGUUGUGGUUUCUAAUGAAGGCUCGCUUAUCGCGCUGAGUGGCCCACAAAAUGUGACAAUAUUGGAAGUACCACGCCGCAGUGGGCCCGAUGGCUAUUUAAUGGAUGGCAAGCCGCAAAUCACGUGCCGUUCAUACAACCUGGAUGUGCUCCUCUUUCAAAACAAUCCACAACUGGAGGUGUGCCAGGUGCGUUGGCAUCCGGAUUCUGUCUCCGACUCCACGCUUCUGGUGCUACUCUCCAACAACACAAUGCGCGUCUACAAUCACGCCAAGCUGCGUCAUGUGUGGAAGGUGGGUCCGUACACAGUUAAGAAAGGCGCCAAUACCUCACUUUCUGACUUUGGUGAGACUUCCAUUGACUUUGAUAUUGCGCCAGCAGUUAAGACCAGCGCCGCCGCUAGCGACGAAACAACCGAUAACUCUACUCUCAAUAGCACCAAAACCCCCAAAGAGAAGGUGGAGUGGCCAAUUGUUAUAUUGCGCGAGAAUGGAAAUGUUUAUGUUUUACUCACUGGCAUCGAUUCGGACAUAACUCGUCUGCAGGGUCCCAUUACCAUAACACCACAGACAAGCUCCAACUAUGGCGUUGAGUCGUGUGCUCUGCUGAUCAUACCAUCUUUGCCUCCCACUGUGAUCAUUGCGGAGUCAACGGGCAGACUGCAUCAUGCUCUUAUGCUGGAGGCUGAGACUACGGAGCGUUCGUUUAACGAUGCGGAUGACGGUCUGCUUAUCGAGCCAUCUCAGUGGACUCUCCACGUAACGGAAACCGUUGAGCUUGAAUUGGGCCUCUCAGCGUCAGCUCCCAAUAGUACGAGCAACGCCUAUAGCUGCCCCAUACAUCUGAAGCGAGAUGUGGUCAACGAGAUGCGAUACUUUGCCUACCACAACGCUGGAUUGCAUAUUAUUACUGUUAACUUCAUAUCCGAGUUGCAGCGCUUCUUGGAUAGCGAGGCCGAGGACAAUCAGCUGGUGAUAUCAACACCUUCCUGUGCUGAAUACAUAUUGUGCACUAAGUUCGAUUCUAGUGAUCGCAUCAAUCCUGUUAUUGGCAUCGCCUUGAUGCAAAUGCCAUCCGGGCUCGUGCUGUUGCUGGGCAGCGGUCAAGUCAUCAGCCUUAAGCUGGUCAUUGAUGCCCAACUGCUGAUGACGUCCAAAAAGGAAUUGCAGCUGACUGCCACGGAUGCUGCGCUGGAUGAGCAGGGUUCGGGUCCUUCAUUCGCGGAAAAAAUCAAGACAAUGCUACAGCGUACUGUAAAUCAGCCGAUUCUGGCUGACAAAAUGGCCUCAUCCUCCGCACACGAACGUUAUGAGCUGCUCAACCAGGCCGUUGAGGUGCUGCGUACCCAAUACCUCAAGCGCCAUGAGCUGGUGCGCGCGGAGUUCGCCAAGCACAUCAAGUGCAUUAAGCUGCAGAAGCAACAGCAAUUGCAGGAGAUUAAGAGUCUGGAGAAUGAACGAGAGAUCAUAAGCGAACGGGCGCACAAGCUGGCGGAACGCUUCGAAGAGAUUAGCGAUAACCAGGAGCUGCUCGUGCGCCGUUGCCAGAAGCUAAUGCAGCUAGCCAACUCAGUGUUGCCCAACAGCAUUGUGGCCGAGCGAGAGUUUGCCCAGGAGGUAGGACGCAUCGACAAGGCUACCAAAGCCAUUGCCGCUGCAUUGGACACGGCCAAGAAGACGUACAACAAGCAACGCUAUCACAUCGCAAAGUCGGAGGGGACAAACGCGAGCGAUGCCUACCAGCUGCCAGAGAGACAGCAGCGCACCAUCACCGAGAUUCUGACUCAGCUCUCGAGUGAGAUUGAUCGCCAGAUAUCAGAUGUGAAGCGUAUAAAUAAGAUUGUCGGUCUAUGAGCAGCCUUAUCAACGAAUAAGUUAAUUUUGUAUUUGUGCUAUUGUUAACAAUUAAAGCAACCUUCUAGUAUA